AUGAGCCCAAGUACGAUGUCCACUGCCCAAGUCGUGUCCUCCAAGGUCUCCAUCGAUAAGUUCGAUGGGGACAACUACGCGACUUGGAGUCGUUACAUGCGUGGCGUGUUCCUGACCAAGUCGGUCUGGCACGUCGUUAACCGUGAGACGACGCCGACCUUCGCGGACCCUCGUCCCAUGGAAAAUUACGUCCAAGUCCUCGGCUCCGUGACCCCUUGA